GAAAUAGAUCUUGGAUUCAUUUCAACAUGGCCGAGUAUGAUACUUUUCGCGGAGGACGUAGUGGGGGGUACAACAGCUAUGACAACAGCUAUGGUGGGCGCCGUGGUGGGAACAGGGGAUCAAAGCCCCUCCCUACGGAACCUCCCUACACUGUAUAUGUAGGUAGCCUGCCUCUACAGGUUGUACAGGGCGACCUUGAACUCAUCUUCAAAGACCUGAAAGUUCGCAGCGUGAGAUUAGUUCGAGAUCGAGAAACGGAUGUCUUCAAAGGUUUUGCUUAUGUGGAGUUCGAGGAUCUAAAUUCUCUACAGGAAGCGCUGACCUUUGAUGGAGCUCUCUUUGAAGAUAAAAACAUACGUGUCGAUAUAGCAGAAGGUCGUAAGGAUGGCAGAGGUCGUGGGGGAGGCCGAGGAGGCCCUCAAGGGGGCUUUGGUCGAGGGGGUCGGGGACCGGGUUUCGACAGAGGCUCAAGAGGAGGGCCAAGGGGUGGUGGUGGAAUGGGGGGCGGUGGAAUGGGGGGCAGCAGGGACGGUGGCUACAGAAGUGCUGGUCGUGGAGGUUAUGAUCGUGAACGUGACAGUGGUUUUGGAGGCCGUCCCCGGCAGCGGAGAGACAGCGACAACAGAGAGGAGUUGAGGGAAGCUUCACCAGAGUCAGCGGCCCAACGCCCCAGGUUGAAGUUGUUGCCUCGAACUGUGAAGGCACCUGUCAACGCCCUAGUGGAAACCUCAAGGAAUGCAAGUAUCUUUGGUACAGGCCGCCCAAGGGAGGGAGCUGACGACGACGGCACACCUGAGCAGCGCAGCAGGAACACCAGUGAAAGUAGCCAGCAUUGAAUGGCAGGGUAGCAGUUUUCGUCUUAUGUCAAGGUUGAGGUUGUGUGGCCAGACUAAUGCUGAGUGGGCUGCCUGCGUUGUUACCAUGACAACACAACCCUGGCAAUUCCAUGGCAACAGCCCCAUUGUUUCAUUCAUAUCAGAGCUGCUUACACAGCUGUUGGCUAGGUAACCUGGCCACGACAACUUGGACAGGAUGACGUAUUUAUUGUGUCUCAUGUUCUCAUCACACGUGAUAGCUGCAGCCACUGGGCUGUUUUGUUACAGAUACUACUUCCCUACAGCAGCAGAAGCAGUGGUCAGGUUGUUGAGCGUGCUGAUCGUCUGCCUGCCUAGCCAGGAUCUCUGACACUGCAUGCUACUUUCUUAAAACUCUUUCACAUGACAGUAUGAAAUUCAGGGGGAUAUGAAUUGCUUGUAAGGACAGAUAUACAAGAUUUCUCGGUUUUGUUUUUUUCCUAAUGGAUAGUUAGGUACAAAUUACUCUCAGUAUGGGUUGGUAUUGGUUUUGACUCCAGCUAUUCUGUAUUAUUUACGUCUGUUAAGAUGUUGAUUUUUAUGGAAGACUGUACUCUGUUUUCAGAAGAAUGUGUUGUGUGGGAAAUACUAUCGACAGUCGUCCAUGAGUGUAAUCUGUGGGACUUAUGUUGUCGGUGUGUUUAAUACACAUCUACCAUGUGGUCAUUGUUUCAUAGAUUUUGCAGCCAUUAGGAAAGAUCUUGGCAAUGUAGUCAAGUGAACUUAUUUGUGUAUGGCAACCAAAGACUGUCAAAAAAUGUUUUCCAGUUUUCUUUUUGAAACCGAUGUGAAGUAUUUUGUCUUUGAAAAAGAAAUAAAUUAAUUGUGUACAGUUUAGUGAUUAGUUGAAGCAUUCUUAUUGGAAUACGUCACCUUUGCAUGGAAUCUUACAAUGUAAGGUUCACCUGUUGCCAUUGUCAUUAGAUGAACAAUAUGAUUUGUUUGUGUGUCCGUUGGAUUUUAGCUUGAAAUAUUUUAAAUCUCCCGGAGCAAUUUCCUGAUAGGUUUCAGUGUAGGAAGUCUGGAGGAGCCUGUAUCUUUUCAUUAUUAAAUUGCAAAGUGUUUUAUUGUUUUAAAUGAAUACUAGCGUGCAGUUGGACUGCACAUCAAGCCCAUGUUCAUACUUCUAAUCACCGUAGUUCGCUGUACAAGUCAUAAUAUUGGAGAUAGUGCUAUUCAGUAAACCAUUUGUUACGCCAUCAUUUCCUGGAAAUAUCGAACACAUUUUAUCCACGUUGCGACAUAAAAACCCAUUUGUUUAUAUCCCUCAUCAAUCAUUACUUGCCAGGCUACAUAUACUGGGAAUGGGGGAUGGGUGGGUAGUCACAUGGGGGUGGGGUUGCUGUGUCGUUCAGGGUGGUGCCGAGUAGGUUGACGCAGGGGUGGGUGGGUGGUGUCUCAUAGAACGGCUCAGGUUGUGUAAUGACAGGUUUGGAGCUCCAUGAAAUAAGGAGCACCUGCAGGUGUUGCCAUGUGUUUCACUGUCCAGAUGUCCUCUCUUCAUCUGUUGGUCUGUCCAUUCAUCCAUCUGUCUGUCCAUCUGUUCACUGGGUCAAGGUGAACACAUGGUGACACUAGUAUCCUUGGCAUUCUCAUGCCAGCUCCAGAUCUGUGAGUGCAACAAGCUUUCAGAUCAGUGGGUGGGUGGGCUGCUUCUAGGGGAGGUAACUGGUGUGUCCUACCAUACAGUACCUUGAGCUUUGUGCUGGUCAGCCACCAGCAGUGUAAAAAGUGUUGGCACAAUUUUGUAAUAUGCCAAAUUAUUGUACAUUAAAGUUUGUCGAAUCAA